GGCGCUGUAACACAUGUGUUUUUGUUUUGUUUGUUUUUGUGGAGUGGUUGCGUGAAGCGAAGAGAUUGUUUUGUACAUUUGAUGAUUAAAAGAUUUCCUUGAAUUUUUCAUGGUGAUUUCAGAAAAACGAACGCACAGUAGCCCUAGCCAAUCAGAAACCUGUUGAAAAAAAAAGUGCUGAUAAGCCUUGUUGUUUCCUUCAUUCGAUACAAAUCUCUGGAUGUAGGACAUAAUUGUUAAAGUUAAUACGUAAUGGAACAGGAAGAAAGUAGCAAUGAACAGGCGCCUGAGGCUUCGGAACCAGUUUUUGGAAACAACAUUCUCAUCAUACACCCUGGAUCUUACUGGAUAAGAAUUGGCCGAGCCACUGAUGCCUACCCUGUGUCAGUACCUCAUGUGAUUGCCAGGAAACCAAAGCAGAGAGAGAGUAGUCAGAAUUUUGAGGACAAAUUGAUAAUAAGACAUGGAAUAAACCACCCUAACAGCAACAGCCAAAAACAGCAUGCCUUAAAGAUGGUGCAGCAAGCAAUAUGGGCUAAAAAGACAUCAUCAGGUCAACGACGACAAAACGUUGCUUUGUCAGAGGUUACUAAUUACAAUGAUGAGGUCCAGCCACAGACUCUGGAUGAUAACUCUGGUUUGACUUGGACACCGAACAGUGAACAGUCAGAGUUCUUCAUUGGAGAAGAGGCUCUGUAUUUAGAUCCAAAUGAAAGUUACCAUAUACAUUGGCCAAUCAGACAAGGUAGAUUUAAUCUCCAUGCUGGCGUGGGUGGCAGUAUAACAGCUGUCCUUCAAGAUAUGGAAACAAUAUGGAGUGCCAUAAUAGAAACCAAGUUGGACAUUCCAAGCAAAGACUUUAAAAACUAUAAAGUUGUUUUACUUGUACCAGAUAUUUACUGUCGCCCUCACGUAAAAGAGCUAAUGAAUUUGGUGCUAACACGACUCGGAUUUGGGGCGGCCAUAAUUCACCAGGAAUCAGUCUGUGCAUUGUAUGGUAGUGGGAUAUCAAGUGCUUGUGUUGUAGACGUUGGUGAUCAGAAAACAAGUAUAUCGUGCGUUGAAGAUGGUCUCUCCAAUCGCAAUUCAAGGUUAUGCAUGGGAUAUGGUGGAAGUGAUGUCACACGUUGCUUCACCUCGCUACUGCAGAGGGCGCACAUGCCUUAUCGAGAAUGUCAGAUGGAGAAAACAAUGGAUGCCCUCCUAUUAAUAGAACUUAAAGAAACAUUUUGUCAUUUAGAUCAGGACCUGGAUGGAACCCAGUUACUGGACUUUCAUGUGCGAUAUCCCAAUAGCCCCACGAUAAUGUACCAGCUGAAGCUGGGUGAUGAGACACUGCAGGCACCAAUGGGUUUGUUUUACCCCCAGCUGUUUGGGAUCGUUGGAGAGAAGAUGGUGAAAACUCAGCAGAGAAACCAAGGAGAUGCGGAAGAUGCCCAUGAUGAGAACUAUUUGUUGCAAACGCAGCAACAGGCUGCUAAGGCAAAAGCUUUAGAGAAGGCUGCUGCAGAGAACAACAAUCAAGAUGGAAACGCGAACACAAACAGGAGUACAUCGCCAACUAAUCACCAUAACGACAUCAUUCAAGCAGAGGCCCCGCCCCCAACCAUCUCCAGGCGCAUCUCAACAUCUCAGUCGCUGGACAAAGCUUUAGGAGUUGACCAGGCUAUACUACACAGUAUUGACUGUUGCUCAUCCGAGGAAACAAAGAAGAAGAUGUACAGUUGUAUUCUAGUCGUUGGCGGUGGCUUGGGUUUAUUCCAGGGGGCAGUAGACAUGCUUCAAUAUCGCAUACAAAGUAAAAUGCCCCCUUCCUUCAGGGCUGUUGUUGACAAGGUUGAAGUCAUAUGCAAAUCAAAGGACAUGGACCCAAGACUGACAGUUUGGAAAGGAGGUGCUGUCUUAAGUUGCCUUGACACUGCUCAAGAACUUUGGAUAAAACAAAAAGAAUGGAAGGCAAUGGGGUUGAAGGUGCUCCGGGAACGAUCCCCAUUUGUAUGGUGAAGAAUAUACAAGUACUGUACAGUAAUUAUAAAAUUUGGUCUGAAGUCAUACGACCACCUACCAACAGAGAAAGUCUGUAGAACAGAUAGAAGUCAACGAGGAUAAAACUCGCCCCAGGAACAAUCCUUUUUUUUUAUUGUGUCAGUAAAUGCUUGAAUGCUUAUAUAAAGUUUUCGGAAGCUUCAGUGCGGUGCUUAUUCAAGAGUGGCGCUUAUAACAAAAUAUUGGUGUAGCAUUCACCAGUUCCCAUGUUACCUAUUUAGAUAGUUCAGUAGGCCUAUCAUAGGUCCUACGUCUUUGUAAGUAAACGCUCUAAAACAACUUUGUCAUAGAAACACCACUUUUUGACAGUCCGAAAGUGCCAUUUUUCGAACAUUUGGAGGAGCCUAAAUUUGCUCUGUGGAACCCCAGUCAGGAAUUUCGGAUUUCUCAUCACAGUGCUGCCUGUCUUUCUGGAGUAAAUUUUUGAACAGAAAAUGAAAAUUAAUAAAACUACACUGACAAUUA